AUCUUCAUCAUUGAAGGCCUGGCAACCAUAGCAUAUGCUAUCCUCGCCAAAUGUUUCAUCGUUGAUUGGCCCGAAACUGCAGCUUUCUUGACUGCAGAAGAAAAGCUCUUACUUUCAAGACGUCUCGACGAAGACAGGGGAAACGAAUUUGCGCGAAUGGAUCGGCUAGACAAACAUAGCUUCAACCGUAUCAUGAAGGAUUGGAAGAUCUGGGCUGGGUAUGAAACUUCCUUCCUUCUAGUCUGAUUACGCUGACAGAGACAGAGUAUUAAUGUACCUCGGAAUAUCAACCUCUGGAUUUUCCAUUUCCUUCUUUCUACCCACGAUCAUUAAUGGCUUCGGCUACAAACCGGGAUAGGCACAACUCCACACAGUCCCCGUUUACGCCGUUUGUGCCGUCGUAACACUAUCCGUAGCCUGGCUCUCAGAUCGCUUGAAGUAACUCAUAUAUGUCAUUCCUCCUUCAUCUUACAGAAACUAACACAACCCCUUCAGGCACCGCUAUACCUUCACUAUGAUUGGCAUUCUUAUCGCCGGCAUAGGCUAUAUCAUCUCCUCGCUCAGGGCCAACCCGGUACAUCCCAUGCUCUCUCUAACAGGGUCAAGUACCUCGCAACCUUCUUUGUUGCAACAGGAACCUACAUGUGAGUGGACCAAAAAAAGAACUAGCGAUGACUGACAAUAUGGCUUACGAAGAUAGAACUCAACCUCUCGUCAUAGUCUGGCUCUCGAACAACCUCGGAGCACACUAUAAACGAGCCUUCGGAACGGCGAUGCAGAUAGGAUUUGGCGACAUCUCUGGCAUUAUCGGAAGUUUCAUUUUUAUUCAGAAUGAGGGCCCAGGAUUCAAAACAGGGUAUGGGUCUGCUCUUGGUAUGGUUUUGGUUUGUGGAGUUGCGUGUACGGUGUUUCAUUUUGGGGUAAGGUGGGAGAAUGGGAAGAGGGAGAGAGGGGAGAGGAACGAUCGGCUGAGACUAAGCGAAGCGGAGGUACAAAAUCUUGGAGACGAUCAUCCGGGAUUCAGGUUCUCGGGAUAG